AUGAUGCAAAACGGAGCAUUCAUCCUAUUCGAGAUCGGCAGCCAAUCCUGUCCAAGGCAGUUACUCGAUGAUUGCUUUACUCAAGAAAAUGGCGGUUUCACUCCUGUCGUUGCCGCUACCGAUCAAGAAAUCAUCAAUCAAGCUCGACAGUGGCUGAUUCACAACCUUACUGAAACCGCCUACUCGCGUUACGCUUCUGAUGAUCCGGCUCUCAUCGAAACCAUAGCUCUAAUUCGACAGCUCGAAAAUUUACUAUCACCCUCAUCAGAAGCUCACGACUCGUAUGAUUAUAUGCAAGAACUAGCUCGAUUGACACCUGGUGUGAUCUGGCAGCAUGCAGAUGUUGAGGAGCCACUCAAGUUGCGACGAGAAUCAGCAGUGGAGUUGGUUGGCAUGGGUGUUAUUAUUUUCGCGAGUUUCCUAUACAGUGUUGGAGUAUGA